CAAUAAGCCGCAGUCUUUUUUUUCUCAACUUUUGGACAGAAAUGAGCAUCGAAACGCUCCUGGAGGCUGCCAAGUUUUUGGAAUUGCAAGCCCAGCAACAACAGAAAGCACGUGAGGAUGAACUAAAGGAAAAGCUGCGUCUGGAGCAGCUGGCAGAGCAGAGACGCUCUGAAGUGAACUAUAACUCCACAAUCCACAUCAACAAUGUUUCUAAAGCAGAGGAGCUCCGCACUGAGAGCCGCCUGGCCCCCAUACCACCCUCUCUGCCUCCCCCCUCCAUGCCCAUUACCGUCAUUCCUAUCCCCGUGGUCACCCCCAACCCUACAGGCUCACCCGCUCUGCCUGUCGCCACCCUCUCCCCUCCAGUUGCUCCACCACUGGCCUCCCCAAGGAGGGACCCUCAUUCUCCUCAGGAGCAAAGUGCGGCCGCCCUGCCACGCUCUCCACAACCCAAACCCGACCACCCGACCUCCGUGCUGACCGUCAACCACAAGCAGCCGAUACAGAACCACCACCAUCACCCACAGUUCAUCCCCCAAACGGGCAACACUAAACUACAGCCGCAGACACACCAGCAGCUGCUCCAGCGCUAUCCCGGUUCCAUCGUCUCGUCCCCCCAACAACACGCCUUACUGCCCCAGUCAGGUCCUCUGCUUCAGCAGGCCCCCCUACAGAACGGCCCCGUCAACCGGGGGAGUCCUCCUGAUGACGGACGCCAGCUAGACAAGAAGAGACCUGGAGGGGCAGGCACAAGAGAAGUGCACAACAAGCUUGAGAAAAACAGACGAGCACACUUGAAGGAGUGCUUUGAGACGCUGAAGAAGAACAUCCCAAACAUCGACGAGAAGAAGACCUCUAAUCUGAGUGUGCUGAGAAGUGCGCUGAGAUACAUACAGACGUUAAAGCGUAAAGAGAAGGAGUACGAGCACGACAUGGAGCGACUGGCCAGAGAAAAGAUCGCCACGCAGCAGCGAUUAGCAGAGCUGAAGAACGAGCUGAGCCAGUGGAUGGAUGUGAUCGAGAUCGACCGCGUCCUCCGACAGACAGUACAGCCUGAAGAGGACCAGGCCUCCACCUCCACUGCUUCGGAAGGAGAAGACAUCAUGGACGAUGACCUAGAUGAAGAGACGACACCAAGAGCGCCGACUGCCUUACCUACCGUGCCUCAAACCAUGAAACCUGAGCUGCACAAGACUCUAACACCCAUUCAGACCCCAACCCUGACACCUGCCACCACUACCUCCUUCAUAACCCAACACAUCUCCAUCCAGCACAAAGCCCCCCUGCUCCAGCCUCAGCCCCAGCCGCUGCAAGUGACUUCUCCACAGCCAGCGUCCAAGCCUGCGGUCCCAUCCACACCCACGACAUCCAGCACUCCCACCACUCCCAGUCAGGCCUUUAUCCCCAACCACACACAGGUGGUGACCACAUCUAGCCUACACCCAACAGUUAUUGCCCAUGCUUCAGUAUCCCAUCCGUCAGUCAUCCAGGCUGUCAAUCAUGUCAUCCAGGGUGGGGGUCCCAAACAUAUUGCCCACCUGGCUCCCUCCACCACCACCAGCAGCUCUGUUCAGUUAGCCCCCAGCCACCAGCCCAUCGGCCACAUCACGGUGCACCCGGUGGCUCACCUGGGCCAGCAUCUACCUACGCUCUACCCCCAACCGGUGGCUGUCACACAGUCAGCCGUUGUCGGUCACAUCGCCCACACCCUUAACCACACCCACGCCCAGGUGAACGGCACUGUGGCGAACCAGCCGAAUGCCACCAUUGUUGGCAAACAGACAACAAUGGUGGCUCACCAUCCGCAGCUGGUGGGUCAGACUGUGCUCAACCCUGUGACAAUGGUGGCCAUGCCUUCCUUCCCCAUCAGCACUCUGAAGCUGGCCUGAAUUCUGCCACCAGGACCACCAGGCUGCAGACGGAGACGCCCCUCUUCAAGGGGGACAGAGCCACAAGCCUCACACCAGGCCAUCGAAAAGCACACAGUGAGGGCUGCUGGACACCUCAGUGAUCCACAUGUGAGUUUCUUUUUCAGAAACGUCACAGCUGUUUGAAAGGCAACUGGGACCAUUCCCACAACAAUCUGCAAACCUCUUUCAAUGCUAGUCUACCACCUGAGAUCUCGAUCCUGAGACUAGUAUCUGACAGGCUGCACACGGUUUGUGAUCAUGUUGAGUGUGUGUGGAAGAACAAAGUGAGCAGAUGUGCAGUUUUAGACCCUCACUGGCCAUCCAUUAUUACAUAGUGGAGUCAUUUUUAUGGAAACAGCUUCAUACAGGAAAGUGUUACCGACAGCUGUGCCAGUGCUGAUGUCGGUACUGGUUGGUGGCUCGACACCCUUCUAUCACUGUGACUGCUGUAGUUGAACCAGUAGUAGAUCUAGUGCUGCAGAGGCUGCAUCGGUUUUUUUGGGAGGUGUGACAGAGUAGCAUCAGAGCACUCAACCCGCCAUAACCAUCACAUUGAGAAUGUGAUUUUUCUGGGAGCUCCUCCUCUCCAGCAGAGGCACAUGCUGCAGGGUUGGAGCGAAAUCAUGGACUGAACGCAACCUCCUGCACAAUCCUCAGUGGCGUGCGAACAACAAUAGCUCCCCCUGCUGUCUGUUUGUGUCCACUGUAACAUUAAUAUACCCAAUGAACAUGAAAAAAACCCUCCAGCAAAGUAAUUAUAAUGACAUUUAAACAAUGGCCACUCAAAGAAAUAAAAGAACACAGUUUUGUCAGGGUUUGAUAUUUUGGUUUAGCAUCACAGGACAAUCAAAGUUACUUAUCUGUAGUUUCUGUCCUUCAAAUAUACUGACGACUGUACACUGAACACAAGUAGUAUGAGUUAGUGUGUUAAUGAUAAAGUUACGUUUGUGUCACCGCUGCUAAUAUAUUCUAAUAUAUUUUUGCCAAACAGAAUCUGUUUCAUCUUUUUACCCAAUAAUUGUAAAACACCACAAGUAUCUCCACAGAAAGACGGGACAGAGAGAGGCAUGUCGAAAUUACUAAACAGGACAUAAAAACACGUCGGUCUGAUUGUACAAGGUGUGAAGGAGUGUUUAGAGAUUGUGAAUGUGAAUACGUAAUAGGUCCAUAAAAUAUACUGGUGUGUUUAUAUGCUGUCAUGUAGGGCAAAUGGUUGUAGGAUGUGUGUUUGCAUGCCGUGGAUGCAUGCCGUGACCGCUGAUUUACUGAUUUAUGUUAAAGGUGAGGGCUCACGGCUGUCCUAUUAACGCUGUAGGCCGACAGACUUCGACAUGUUGCAGUAGGAAUGUAAGGUUGAUUGACAGAGUUGAAGCUCCAUCAUCUGUAACUUUGGGGUGAGAUUGGUUUAAAAUGUUUCAACAGCUGGAACAAAACCAAUCAAUGUGGGGUUUUUUUGGGUUUUUUUUUUUUUUUUUUCAAGACUAUCCCUUUCCAAUUCUAGCACUGUGAAAAAAUUAAUUUCUAUUAGUCUCAAAGAGCGGCAGACCUGUAGUUAAGCAUAGCAACCUGCUGUGCUCUCCUGAUAUAAUUUGAAUGUACCGAUCUGUGAAAGGAUGUGGAGUAGCACGCUCAUCAGAACUUAAGCCCUGUUCUUUUUUUUUGUUUUUU